GGUAUCAAGGUCAUGUUAUUAUUAUUUCAACAGCGAACGUGCAAGUCGAUACUCCUUUUGAAUAGGAAGUCGUACCUCGUCCUGAAACGCGAGGGCCUAAUGCGUCACGAUAGGCCUAUUAUAUGCCUAACUACUUUCUCAAAAACAUAAAGCAGAAUUGCAGAUAAUAUACAAGAUGAAGAGGUCUACUUUGAUUAUCUUAGCUUUGUUCUCAUUGAACACGUCUGCCAAGCCCGUUGUGAGACUACAUGAAGGAUUAAUAAAGGGAAAGACAGACUUAUUCGACGAGCGCAAUAUCAGUCAACUCGUCGAUGUUUUUCUGGGGGUUCCAUUUGCCGAACCGCCCAUACGUUUUGGUGCACCGGUCCCUAAGACUCCAUGGAGCGGCGUCCUGGACACCACAUCCUUCAAACCAGCUUGUAUGCAAACACGAAGGAAUGUAUUUCCCAAUGUAGAUGAAGAUUGUCUCUACUUGAAUGUGUAUUCCCCAAACCCCAAGCCCAGCCAGGCUGCAGUACUUGUUUAUAUACACGGUGGGACGUUCAGAACAGGUACAGCAAUGAGAACCCACUCUUAUGGGGUUCCAUUGGUUGCCGUCGGGAAUGUUAUUCUGAUCUCCAUCAAUUACAGACUUGGGAUAUUCUCAAGAUUUUCAACAGGAACCGAUGAUGCACGUGGUAGCUAUGGAAUGCUAGAUCAGGUAGAAGCGUUGCGAUGGAUACAACGGAAUAUUGAAGCUUUUGGAGGAGACGGCGAUAAGGUGACACUGAUGGGUUUCAGUGCUGGCGCUGGGAGUGUUAACUUUCAUUUGCUCUCCAGGUUGAGCCGAGGUCUUUUCAGUCAAGCAAUAAUGCAGAGUGGUAACGCUUUCUCUCCGUGGGCAUUCAAGAAUGUUAGACCAGAGGAGGAUCGCAAGAAAGCAGAGCAACUUGGCCUUUCAAUGGGAUGCCCAACGACUUCUAUACCUGAUAUGAUUGAAUGUUUGAGAACAUCAAAUGCUACUAAUCUCACGACAACAGCAAAUAUGGUAUUCUAA